ACGCUACUGCUGCUCCAUCGCGUCCAUCGCGUUCAACUGUCCGCGGACUCUCCGUGACUGGCGUUUGUGACAAGUGUCGGCAUUCUGUACUUUCACGUCUGCUUUUGACAAAAGUAAAGCGUUUAAGAUGUUUCUAACGCGUUCCGAAUACGACCGUGGCGUAAACACCUUCUCGCCGGAGGGGAGAUUAUUUCAAGUCGAGUACGCCAUAGAAGCCAUAAAGCUCGGCUCGACCGCCAUCGGAAUCGCCACGACGGAGGGAGUCGUUCUGGCAGUGGAGAAGCGUAUUACUUCCUCCCUGAUGGAACCGUCGACUGUAGAAAAAAUUGUAGAAAUCGACAGACACAUAGGAUGUGCGGCGUCCGGCUUGAUGGCCGACUCGCGGACGAUGAUUGACAGAGCUCGGGUCGAAUGCCAGAAUCAUUGGUUUGUCUACAACGAAAGAAUGACAGUGGAGUCUACUGCUCAAGCGGUAUCCAAUUUAGCUAUACAGUUUGGCGACAGCGACGAUGACGGCACUGCCAUGUCCAGGCCGUUCGGCGUAGCAAUGUUAUUCGCUGGAAUCGAUGAGAAAGGUCCACAGCUGUAUCACAUGGAUCCGUCUGGUACUUUUGUUCAGUUUGAUGCAAAAGCUAUAGGAUCCGGUAGCGAAGGAGCUCAACAAAAUCUUCAAGAAGUGUAUCAUAAGUCUAUGACGCUCAAGGAAGCGUUGAAAGCUGCGCUGACAAUAUUGAAGCAGGUAAUGGAAGAGAAACUGAACGACACCAAUAUCGAAGUGAUGACAAUGACGCCUGGACAAUUGUUUCACAUGUUUUGCAACGCAGAAUUACAAGAGGUGAUUAAAGAUAUUGCUUAAGAGCUAUACGAGUGUAUGAGAUGUAACGAACGGUUUCACGGUACAGAUCGCGGAGAGAAAAUAAAUUUCGUAAUGGAAUAGCGUGUACUGCAAAUAUAAAUUAUAUCUUCACUUUACACACGGAGCAGAUACGUUAUUCCUGUAUAUUUAAUAUUUUCCUUUAUCGUCUUUAAAAAGAAAAUAAGGGAGAAAACGCGGAGUGGACUAUCCUUUCCUAUCGCGUUCCUUCGAUAAGCUUUCCUCGAUUAUUUUUAUAUUGAAAUUUUAUUUUAAAAAAUUUCAGUGUAGAAGUAAAAUUUAAUUGAAGUAUAUGGGCGUAUACGCGCGUACUACAUCGUUUUAGAAACUACUAAGAAAAUGUCGGUAUUGAUCAAAGAAUAUGUUAAAAAAAUGCGUACGAAACGGGACAACUUGUCUCCCAGACACACAUUUGUACAUAUAUAUAAAUGUGUGUUCAAAAUAUAUUAAUCAUGUUUAAAAAAAA